AAACACACGUCGAUCUGAUUUGUGUAGUAUGGAGUCCAUAAAUUUUAAUGAUUUCUCCGAAAAGGAGCGCCAUGACAUUAUUACCGCAUUUCUCAAUAAGAUGAAGGAGGCAGAAUCCAUGCACAGUGCGCACCGCUUCUUUCAGUAUUAUCUGAAACAAUUCUACAUAAUACCAUACAAGCUGCGCGAGGACAUUAUCUAUUGUCAGUCCGCUCUAAAGAAUUAUCUUACGGUGCAUCGGACAAUCACGGAUGUAUUUGCCGAACACGAGAGCGCCGAUCCGACCACUAAAACUCAAUAUCUACUCGAAAUCGAAGAAACUCUGCACGAGAUCAAUGCAGAAUGUCAGUACUUGAUAAUGAAGGUAGAAGAGGAUAUUGAUCGCUUUUGCUUGCCCUUUACGGAGCAGAAGCUGCAUCCCAAUAAAAACCUGGUUAGUGCAGUGGUAAGCAGAGCCCUCGUUCCUUCUAUUUGUAGUAGUGCUAACUCUGUGCCAGUUAAGCCGCAUAUCGUGAUAGAGCGUCCCACAGUUAGUCAAUUACUGUGCAAGUACUUUACCGUCGACAUAGAAACUGUAGAUAAACCAAUAAAAUCGACAGCGUCAGUUUCCAAAAAGAAAGCACUCUCGCAUGCUGCUUCUAGCAAGCGACCAACAACAACGAAAAAAACAGGUGCAGCAAUUGCUUCACCAAAACCGGAGGCUGUUGCCACAAAAAGCGAUGUGGUUAAUGCCAGUCGUCUGCAAUUGAAAGCGACGCUGGAGAAAGCUCGUCUCGAAAAAAUUAGCGGAAAUAGCGAUAGUACAACGCAAAGGUCUAAAGAGAUGUUUUUGAAACACUUUGACCUGUGCACACAGCUAGAGAAUAAACGCAUUAUUUUGAACCAAGCGCUCAGAAGCGAAGGACAAAGCUUGCUCAGAAAUAAAGUUCCACAAUAAUAUUACUGUUAAGUUAUAUAAGUUACCAAUAAGUGAAAUAUGGAAAACAACUUUUUAGUUUGAUGUUACUUACAAUACGCAAAUCUGCAGAUUUUGCUGUAUUGUCGAUUUAUAUGAAAGAAAGUGAAACUACUUGACUGAAGCCAUAAAUAUGCUUUAAAUAAAAUAAUUAAGCUAAGAUACAAAUUUACACAUAUAUGUGUAUAUAUAUUAUAUUCCGUUCACUUCUAAUAUAAGACAAAAAUUGUUUGAAGUUUCUAAUACCAAUAAAAUCU